ACAGGAACAAGCCGAAUGCUCCGGAAGUGACAUACUGUAAGUAGCAUGACAGCCUGUUGAUGAUUUAUAAAGGCCGAACUCGUUUCUGUCAGAGCAGAUGAGUUCUGACAGACAGACGGGGUGAGCUGUAUUCACCAUCACAACAUGAAGGUCCUGAACAAAGAAGAACUAGUGGCUGCCGAAGGAGUUCUGCGGAAACACUUCCCGAGGAGUUUGAAGGUAUAUGGCUUCCUAUUCGGCAUUAACAGGAACAAGCCGACUACUCUGGAGAUGGUUGUUGAUACAUGGCCUGAUUUUAAGGUGAUCAUUUGCCGACCUGACCCCAAGAACAAGAAAGCUUUGGAGUUCAUGAAAAAGGUGACAUACUACAGUAUGGAUGAAGAGAUUUUAAGGAAAAUGCUGACAGAAGAGAAUGCGAUUGAUUGGAGCACUUAUUUCUUGAUUGGAGGAUUUGAUUUUUCCCAUGCCUCCAUGCUCAAACAAGUAUCUUCUGACAUGGAAGUCAACAACAGAGCCUAUACUUUGGUGCAUCUUAUGUAUUUGCCAGACACCAGCCAUCUGCUUCCACCAGAGGAUGACAGUGAGCUUGAAUCAAGGAUUUCAUCCCUCGACCUCUCUCAUGUCGACUUGGUGAAUAAGACCUGGAAGUUUGGAGGGAAUGAGAAGGGCCACAGGAACAUCACAAACCUCAUUAGCAACUUCCCGUCGUGCUGCGUCACUGACAGCCAGGGUCAGCCGGUGUCCUGGAUUCUGGUUUAUGAUUACGGUGCCCUGGGCUUACUGUACACUCUACCAGAGCACAGGGGCAAAGGUUACGCCAAAGUGCUGAUCAGAGCCAUGGCCAAGAGACUCCAUGCUGAGGGUUUCCCAGUGUACUGCUUCAUAGAGGAGGAGAACACGGUCUCCUACAAGCUCUUCAAAGGCAUGGGCUUCACUGAGGAUCCCUCAUACAGGGCGGGUUGGUUUGAGUUCAACUUUUGAGUUUUGAACCAUUGUGAUUACUAACAAUUCAGUCAAGUCAACCCAAUCACUGAAAUACAUGUUGGGAAAAUCAAGGGAUAUGUUGAAACUUAACAUUUCUUGAAACAUUUUUUUUUUAAUCUUUAGGUUCAAUUUUAUGUUGUGACAAUGCUGUGCGUAUGUCCUACCAUUGUUCGUGCAAGUCAUUUAAUGAUCUGAGAGAGAUAUUGCACCAUUUUAUAUUAUAUUCUUACACAACAAAGAGUUAUGAGUGCAAAGGUCAGUACCUUAGUGCCAUUACAGCUUCUGAAUGGUAAGAGCAUGGAGCUAGAAGGAACACACUAAUAAACAAUAUCCGUGAUGAGAUUGGAUUAAUAUCAUAUGGAAGAAACACUAUUUGCAUGGCAGUGUGAUGCUGCCGAGUCAUAAAAAAAGAAACACUGAUGAGUAUCACAUAAUAUUAUGAAAAUAACAUGUUAAACAUGAAACCUGGGAGUCCUGUUACAAAAGUGUUCAUGUUUUGCUCUCCAGAACCAUCCGUCAGUCAUUAAGCCUUGCCAGGUCCCCCAUUACAUGAAAUGUGUAUUGUUAUAGCAAGAAAUGUUUUUAUAAUGUUGUAAGUUAACAGGAAUAUAACUUAUGAUGUAAAAAACAAACAAAAAAAAAACAUGUUAUAACAAUAAAUGUUAUAAUGUGACAGUGACUUACGCACUGCAUGUCAGUAACCUUUGAAAGUCAAAGUGUUUCAAUUGUCUGUAUCACCAGUGUUUGAAAAACAAUGUCGAAGUAAAUUAUCUUUUUUCAAUUUUUUUCAACACACACUAAACCAGGCAAAUGACAAAUAUGUAUGCACUGAACUUGAGAUUAUCCCUAUAAUGCCUAUUCACACCACAUGCUCUUUCUGAAUUGACAUUAAAGUAACAUUUGCAUUUCA